GUAGUACUCUUAUCUUAAAAAUUGCUAUCCCACCUAGCGAUUUACACAAGAAAACUUCAGGGUAAGGGAUGGAUAGGGGCCGUUUUUAUGACCGCCCGCUGCCCCUGCGGUUUGAUCAAUUUUUUUUUUAGACUUCAAACGAACUUCAAAGAAACGUAUGUUUCUGACCGUCCACCCCAUAACCGUCCAGAACUCGGCGGCAGAAAGCAGAAAUCGAACAAUACGAAGAAAUUGGAAUUAGAGUCUUCUGAAUCCUAAGCUCGGGUUGGGAUUGAGACCUUCUGAAAUUGCUUCGGCGAACCCAUCUUUGUCCUUGAACAAGAGAACUAUUUGGGAAGCUACUUUCAUCCUUGUUUUUCUCUUCCUUUCCACCUCGCCGGCGAGAAGCUUGUGUUCGCUUGGAAAAUAUGACGGUGAUCGAGAAGCCGGGAGAACUGGAACAGAGUUUUUGGGCUUUUUUCUGUAUGGGCUUGGGCUUAGUGAUAUCUUCGUAUAGUUUAGCGGGCAAGUUUUUGGGCUUUGUGAUUACUUGGUUUAGUUUAGCGCCUAAGUUCCUCAAGCGCCCACUAGCAUUACUUUCACGGUGGAAGGUGCCGCCGUUAGAUCUCGAAUUUCACCCCACCGGAGGUUGCCGAUCGGAGCCGUCUCUGCGGCGACAGAAGAACAAUCGGAAGAACUAAGAGAGAGAGAGAGCUAGUAAGGAAUCUCACGACAUGCAAAAAGCGGCGCAAGCAUGGUUCGGCGGAGGUCCGAGCAGCAGCAGUGGCAGCAGCUUCGGUGACGGACUGGAUAAGGAGAAGCCGUCCUUGCUCGCCGACUGGAACGCCUACGCCGCAGCUCAGAACGACGCCGAUGCCGAUCCCGAUAUCGGCUUCGAUAUCGAAUCCGCCGUCCGCUCCACCAGCGACAAAGUCACCGGGACUUUCAGCGUGGUAUCGAAAGGAGUGAGGGAUCUGCCGGGAAGUUUCAAGUCAUCCACUAGCAAUGUCCCUUCUGGGAAGUCUUUCAUGUACUUUGGCGUACUCCUUGCCUCUGGAGUGUUCUUCAUCUUUCUAGCAUUCACAAUGUUCCUUCCGGUGAUGGUUUUGGUUCCCCAGAAAUUCGCAAUCUGCUUCACCAUCGGCUGUGCUUUCAUAGUUGGUUCGUUUUUCGCUCUCAGAGGCCCCAAGGAGCAGCUUCUACAUAUGUUCUCCAAGGAGAGGCUUCCCUUGACUUUGGGAUUCAUCGGCACAAUGGUUGGAACAGUCUAUGUAUCCAUGGUGCUCCACAGUUACGUUCUUUCAGUCGUCUUCUCAGUUCUACAGGUUAUCGCGCUAUCAUACUACGUCAUUUCUUAUUUCCCUGGAGGAUCUACAGGAAUGAAGUUCAUUUCUUCAACUCUUACAUCUUCUGUAUUGAGAUGUUUUGGAAGGUAAUGCUCCAUUUGGUUUUGCCUUUUUUGUGCAAGGCUUCUGAAUUCGUAACAUUUAACAGAACGCUGAUGUUGUAAGGAAUCCAAUCAUCCUAUGAGCAAUGUGAUAUUGAGCUGCUUGUGCUACUUCUCUUUCUAUACAUAGCUCUCCUGUCCCGAAACAAACUAGCUAGGAUAAA